UUUAAGUUCACUUCAUUUCACUUAAACCAAAAAUACCAAACCCCAUAAAAUCAAUAUUAAUCAAGUUCUAAUGGAAGAAAGACCGGAAACGGAGCUCAUUUCCAUUCCGGCUACGCCACGUGAUUCCACGCCUGAGAUACUCACGCCUUCUGGACUGCGGUCACCUAGACUGCAGUCCAAAGAAGGCGGGAAGUCCUCAACAGCGUGGACUCCCACGUCGUUUAUCUCUCCAAGGUUUUUAAGUCCCAUUGGGACACCUAUGAAAAAAGUAUUGGUGAAUAUGAAAGGCUAUUUAGAGGAAGUUGGUCAUUUGACAAAACUUAAUCCACAAGAUGCUUGGCUUCCUAUCACGGAGUCAAGAAAUGGAAAUGCACAUUAUGCUGCCUUUCAUAACCUUAAUGCCGGUGUUGGAUUUCAAGCUUUGCUUUUACCCGUUGCUUUCUCGUUUCUCGGCUGGAGUUGGGGGAUCAUUUCAUUAACCAUAGCCUACAUUUGGCAAUUAUACACCUUAUGGAUCUUGGUACAACUUCAUGAAGCAAUUCCAGGCAAGAGGUAUAACCGAUACGUCGAGCUAGCUGAAGCAGCAUUUGGGAAUCGAUUAGGAGCAUGGCUAUCAAUCUUUCCAACAGCUUAUUUAUCUGCUGGGACCGCGACAGCAUUGAUAAUUGUUGGAGGGGAGACCAUGAAACUUUUCUUUGAGAUAGUUUGUGGGCCUGCUUGUUCAUCCAAUCCAUUAACAACUGUCGAAUGGUAUUUGGUUUUCACGUCGCUAUGCAUUGUGUUGUCCCAACUUCCAAACCUUAACUCCAUAGCUGGACUCUCCUUAAUAGGAGCCAUUACUGCAAUCGUUUAUUCCACGAUGGUUUGGCUCCUUUCGGUUAGUGAGCAGAGACCACCCAACAUCUCUUAUGAACCCAUUCCUUUACCUUCAUUUACUGCUUCGGUAUUUUCAGUUUUUAAUGCGCUCGGUAUCAUAGCAUUCGCAUUCAGAGGUCAUAAUUUAGUACUCGAGAUACAGUCGACAAUGCCAUCAACAUUCAAGCACCCUGCUCACGUGCCAAUGUGGAAAGGAGCCAAAGUUGCAUACUUCUUCAUUGCCAUGUGUUUGUUCCCGGUAGCCAUAGGCGGUUUUUGGGCUUAUGGAAAUCUCAUGCCACCAAGUGGGAUUCUAAACGCGCUAUUUGGCUUCCAUGAACACGAUAUUUCACGAUGGUUACUUGCAACAACGUUCAUCUUAGUUGUAUUCAGCUGUUUAAGCAGCUUCCAAAUCUAUUCCAUGCCUGUUUUCGACAAUUUUGAAGCUAGCUACACACACCGCACAAACAGACCAUGUUCAGUUUGGGUUCGGUCUGGUUUCAGGGUGGUUUAUGGGUUCAUAAACUUCUUCAUUGGGGUGGCAUUACCGUUUCUUUCUAGUCUUGCGGGUUUAUUGGGAGGACUAACACUUCCAGUGACAUUUGCAUACCCAUGUUUCAUGUGGGUGCUAAUUAAGAAGCCAACAAAGUAUAGCUUUAAUUGGUACUUCAAUUGGUCACUCGGGUGGCUUGGUGUCGCAUUUAGUGUUGCAUUUACGAUUGGAGGUAUUUGGAGUAUUGUUGACAAUGGGCUGAAGUUGAAGUUCUUUAAGCCUAGCUAAAGAUUGUAUCUAUAUGUGGUUUUGAGUUUUGAGGUUUGAUUGUGUAAUUUGAUAUAUAUACAGUUUAUUAUGAUAAGUGUAAUGUAAGGUGAAAGUUUACAUUUUGACAUUUUUUCAUAGAAUACUGUUAUCUUAAA